UCUGAGAAGGAUGCAUGACUUUCCAGCUUUGUCCUCGCAGCCACAGGAACUAGAUACGCUGGGGACUUUGUGUGCUUAAUACCAGCAAUUGGUACUGCUCACUCCUUGGCUUCUGUAAACAAGCUUGGCUGCUGGCUUGCAAAGGAAGUUAAUGCCACUAGUGCUGCUCUUCAGCAAUGUUAAUUGACAAUAAAUCGGUGCAAAAAAGCAGCACUGCCAGCAGGGCGGCCGUUCAUUCUUGCUGUUGGCUCAAGGUCAUGGGACGCCCUGAAGUUCAUACAUAUGGACAAGAGACGAAAGCUCACGACCGGGGACCUGGCUCUGACUUUGAAAUUAAAAAAUGUGGAGGUGUUCAUUCUGUUCUGCAUUGCCUGCGGUGGCUGCGAGGUCUACUUCUACGAGGAGAAGGAGGUGAAUCUGAGCGACAUCAUCAACACCCCCUGCCCAGGGUGCCCCUGGACGUCUGCCUCAAGAGGAAGGAGAAGAAGCCCCCCCUGCUGGAGGGGUCCCCCCUGCGGCUGAAGCCGCGCAGCGUCCACGAGCUCUCGGUGGAGCAGCAGCUCUACUACAGGGAGAUCACCGAGGCCUGUGUGGGGUCCUGCGAGGCCAAAUGGGCUGUGCGCGUCAACAUUGUCCAGAACAACCUGGCGCUGCUGAUCUACCUGAUGGGGACGGUGAAGGCUCUGAUGGACAACCCGACCCUGUACCUGGAGAAAUCUGCCGGUUCCAGUUCCACCCACCCUCACUGCUGGUGCGCACUGUCUAGUCCGGUCUGGCCGCGCUGCGCUACGUCGAUGACCGCGGCGUCCCCACCGAGUGCUACCCCACGAACCCCAAUGGCUCCGGCCAGGGCGCGGCCGCGCUGGUGUCCCCCUGCGGUCGGCACCUGGCGGCCAUGCCGCACCCCGAGCGGUCAGUGCGCGCCUGGCAGUGCCCCUGGGCCGGCCGGAGUGCGGCCGCCGCCGGACGCAGCAAGGUCGGAGACGGGCCCUGGCUCAGAAUUUUCCAGAACGCCAUGGAGUGGUGUCUGCAGUGGCCGGAGGGGUAGAAGUGACCGCUGAGUGACCAAUGAGUGACUGACACAUGGACACCUCCUCUGUGACAGUGACCAAUGAGUGACCAAUGAAUGACCAAUGAGUGACCAACACAUGGACACCCCUCUGUGACAGUGACCAAUGAGUGACUAAUGAGUGACUGACACAUGGACACCUCCUCUGUGACACUGACCAAUGAGUGACCAAUGAGUGACCAAUGAGUGACCGACACAUGGACACCCCUCUGUGACAGUGACCAAUGAGUGACCAAUGAGUGACCAAUGAGUGACUGACACAUGGACACCUCCUCUGUGACACUGACCAAUGAGUGACCAAUGAGUGACUGACACAUGGACACCUCCUCUGUGACACUGACCAAUGAGUGACCAAUGAGUGACUGACACAUGGACACCUCCUCUGUGACACUGACCAAUGAGUGACCAAUGAGUGACCAAUGAGUGACCGACACAUGGACACCCCUCUGUGACAGUGUCCAAUGAGUGACCAAUGAGUGACCGACACAUGGACACCCCUCUGUGACAGUGACCAAUGAGUGACUAAUGAGUGACCGACACAUGGACACCCCUCUGUGACAGUGACCACUGAGUGACCAAUGAGUGACCGACACAUGGACACCCCUCUGUGACACUGACCAAUGAGUGACCGACACAUGGACACCCCCUCUGACAUCCUGUUAGUGACACUGAUCAUUCACUGACCAUUCACUGACCACUGAGUGACCAAUGAGUGAUCAACACAUGGACACCCCUCUGUGACACUGACCAAUGAGUGACCAAUGAGUGAUCAAUGAGUGACCACUGAGUGACCAAUGAAUGACUGACUGACCAACCCAAGGACACCCCUCUGUGACACUGACCACUAAGUGACCAAUGAAUGACCAGUGAGUGACCACCCCCUGGGGACACUGACCACCGCUGACCUCUUGCCCCGCCCAGUGACCAAGUGGCCACGCCCAUGAGGGGGCGGGGCCUGUAAUUACUAAUAAAGUGCCAUUAAUUAAUUGAUUAA